UAAAGGUAGCGUAGUUUUAAAGGGACCCUGACGGUUGACGCGGUUGGAUCAUUUUCAGUUGCUCUCGUGGGGCUGAGUGAGACAUUCAUUCAUGUAUCCCUCCUUCUGGAACUAAAACAUGGCUCAGAGUCUGUGGUGAUAGGUAGACUGUAUUGAUUAAUAUUCUGGAGUUAAUUCCCCGGAAGACAUGUUAGAUUUCCACUCUGGGACGCACACAAUUCAGAAAGUCUUGCCAUCCGGAUUCUUAUCUUUCUUCUCUUUUUUCUACAUGUGAAAUUUCAGGUGAAUGUGUGGGACACCACUGCCUGAACUCACAGUAUGGCGAAAAAGUACAGGAGGGGUAACAGAGAAAUCCACUCAGCAUGACCGACGCAAUGACCGUGAAUUAUCUGUUCUUCCUUGGGAUCUUGAUUCCAUGCAUCAUCACCAUUGUUCUUUUUAUUGUGUUCAUCUACUGCAUGCGCAAGUUUCGAAUACGUAGAGAGAUCAUGACGAAGAAGCAUGAUCCGCAUGGAAGACUGCGGAAACUCCAUGGAGCCUAUGCUCCUCCACCACCUCCUCUUCCUCCAAUGUGGAGCAGACAGUCUGUGCAAUUCAAACAGAAGGACCGACUUCUGUGUGAGCGAGACAAUGAAGCUUACGAUGAAGCUGGUGAGAUAUCUCAAGCUCAGGGUGGCAAUCAUCAGCUGUAUCAAACCUGUAAUGACAGCGGAAUGUCCGAUCUCAGUGAGGCGCAGUACCGCUACGAUCAAGAGCGACCGUACUCUCAAUCGUCCACAGAUUCUGAGGAUUCUGGGUUUCGGAGUUCCCGAUCUGGACAGUAUUUACACAGUGCACAAAAUAGCAAUACUCAGGACAUGCCUUUGUUUAAACCUAUAAAAUCUCAUCGAGAAAGUCUGACGAUGACAGUGCAUCAAGGCUGUUCGUCCAAACAGCCCAGCCCGAGUCAUCGCGCAAAUUCAAACUGUGACUUUUGUCGAAGUUCUAGUCGACAGUCUAAGCAGAAACAGAGUCGUCCUUCAUCCAGGAGGAAAGUUUGUGAUACUAGGCCCCCAUCCACCUUACAUCAGACUCCAUCACCAACCUGUACAAAGCUUGAUCCUGUCACCAUGACAUUUAUCAGUAACUCAUCUCCCUCCACCCUGGAUCUCCUACCCCCUCCCCACACAUACAGGAAGAACAGCCCGGAAGCCAUAGAUCUACAGCAAAUCGAGACCGAUGUCAAACUCAGCCAUAUUCCCUCGAUUUCCCAGCAGUGUCGUCCAAUGACUAUGACGACGGCUAUAGUGCAUGCUCCCCUUCACCACUACACAGACAAUACACCCAGGAUGUCAUACUCGGUGGUGUAGCAUACAAUGGAGUAUUAUGACACAUAAUAUUUUGUGAUCCAGAAGAAAUUGGAAUUAUAUUGUACAGUGCUUAUUUUUUUCUCCCUUAGUAGAGGAUUAUUUUCGGUGAGGAAAGAUCCUUGUGCAAUUUUCAGACAGGAUGUAUACAUUUAGCUUACAAAGCAAAUACAUGCUGUUGAUGUAUUUAUUUCUGUACGAAUCUGUGAGCUGCAGAUUAAAAAAAAAAACCUUACAAGAAAUCCUAAUUAAUUUUUCGACUUCUGGAAAUCCACAAGGAAAGCAAAAACAUUUCGUGACUCCCGACUCUUAUAGAAAACAAUAUCUGUGAUAUAUCCGACAGAAAAUCUACUUUCACUUUGGAUGUGUGACUGAUUGUUAUGACAAUCAAAUAAAUGUACUGCCGUUCAAUGAACGAAACCUCUGGAUUAAAGUGAACUAGAGGUCAUUUCAUUUUGUCAUGCUGAAUUCAAAAUAUAUAUGAAAAUCAAGUGUUGCUAGUUCAUGUGAAUUUAAUGAACAGUCUUACUGAACUGUGCGACUGAGUGGAGUGAAAACGUUUAUAUUUUUCAUAAUUUCUAUGUUGAUUAUUUAAACAAAAAAUAUUCUGCUUCUCAGAAGAAGUGUGGAAUAAAUAACGAGAAAAUAUUUCC